AUGACGGAAGUUACCACUCGCAAAUGUCGGGGUGUGGACUGCCCCAACGACGCAGGCACCCUACAAUGUCCAACAUGCCUGAAGAGCGGCACAGACAGCUUCUUCUGUUCGCAGGACUGUUUCAAGCGUAGCUGGAACGAACACAAGGCCAUUCACAAAAAGAGUAAUUUCCUCACCAAUUAUUUUACCCCGAAGGUAGUUUCUGAACCAGAUCCAGCCACCGGAACCUUCAAUCCGUACCCAAGCUUCCCUUACACCGGCACUUUGAGGCCCGUUUACCCUCUUUCCGCCAAGCGCACGGUGCCUAAGACGAUCCCGCACCCGGACUAUGCCCGUGAUGGUAUCCCCCGCUCCGAACAGAAACUUCUCGGCCGCCACAACAUCACCAUUCUGAACAAGGAAGAACAAGAGGGCAUGCGUAAGGUUUGCCGACUGGCUCGUGAGGUCUUGGAUAUUGCUGCACGUGAAUUGAAGCCUGGUGUAACGACGGACUACAUCGACGAGGUUGUCCACAAGGCUUGUAUAGAGCGUGAUUCUUACCCCUCACCGCUGAACUAUAUGAACUUCCCCAAGUCCGUGUGUACCUCGGUCAACGAGACUAUCUGCCACGGCAUCCCCGAUCAACGGCCUUUGCAGGAUGGGGACAUUGUUAAUAUCGAUGUCACGCUGUAUCACAAGGGAUUCCACGGCGAUAUCAACGAGACCUACUACGUUGGAGACAAGGCGCUUGCAAAUCCCGACGCCGUACGAGUGGUGGAAACCUCUCGUGAAUGUUUGAAUAAGUCAAUUGACAUAGUCAAGCCUGGCAUGCUGUUCCGUGAUCCCGGCAAUGUCAUUGAAAAACACGCCAAGACCCGCAAUUGUAGCGUCGUCAAGAGCUACUGUGGCCACGGCAUCAACCAGCUGUUCCACUGUGCGCCUAACAUUCCUCACUACGCUAAGAACAAGGCAGUGGGCACCGCCAAGCCCGGUAUGUGCUUCACCAUUGAACCGAUGAUCAACAUCGGUACCCACCGUGACCGCACUUGGCCCGACGACUGGACCAGCACCACCCAAGAUGGAUCUCUGUCCGCCCAAUUUGAGCACACCCUUCUUGUCACCGAGGACGGUGUUGAGGUUCUUACUGCCCGCCUGCCAGACUCCCCUGGUGGGCCUGUCCCUAUGCCUGCGACGGUAUAG